AUGGAGGAUGAUCCACCAGGCUUAAGGUUUCUGAUAGAUGGUGCCCAGAUGAAGCCUUUUACAUCCUUGAGGUUCUUGACUGAGCCCUCAGAUGCUGUCACCACGCGGGGAAGCAACGUGCUGUUGAACUGCGCGGCCGAAUCGGAUCGAGGAGCCCCCGUUGUGAAGUGGAAGAAGGAUGCUGUCUUCUUAAACCUGGCAGUAGAUGAAAGGAGGCAGCAGCUGGCCAAUGGAUCCCUCCUGAUAGAAAACAUUGUCCACUCCAGGCACCACAAGCCAGAUGAAGGUCUCUACCAGUGUGAAGCAUCUCUAGAAGGCGUCGGAGCCAUCAUCAGUCGGGCAGCCAAGGUCAUGGUGGCAGGACCACUGAGGUUUCUUUCCCAGACGGAAUCAGUCACGGCUUUUGCAGGAGACACCAUCCUGCUCAAGUGUGAAGUUGUUGGGGAGCCCAUGCCCGUGGUGCACUGGCAGAAGAACCAGGAGGACUUGUUGCCCAGCCCAGCUGACCCAAGGGUGGCCAUCCUGCCCUCAGGAGCUCUGCAGAUCAGCAGGGUUCAGCACGGGGACAGUGGGAUCUACCGCUGCCUGGCCAAAAACCCCGCCAGUUCCAGAACUGGGAAUGAUGCUGAAGUCAGAGUUUUGGCAGAUCCAGGGUUGCACAGGCAGCAGUUUUUCCUGCAGCGCCCAUCAAACGUGGUGGCCAUGGAGGGGAAGGAUGCUGUCCUGGAGUGCUGUGUUUCUGGGUACCCCCCUCCCACCUUCACGUGGCUACGAGGAGAUGAAGUGCUCCCCAUCAGGUCCAGAAAAUAUUCCCUGCUGGCUGGCAGUAACCUGCUCAUCUCCAACGUGACCGACGACGACUCGGGGACCUACACGUGCGUCGUCACCUACCGGAACGAGAACAGCAGCGGCUCCGCCGAGCUCUCCGUGAUGG